CUUGGUCUGUACUCCUGUGAUGUGGUGCGCAGGGGCCUGCGAUCAUCACUGUAUCUGCGGGUGCCUGGUGAAGAACAGGAGCCUAAACAGCACUCCCAAAGCUCUCAGACAUUCACAGCGGCCAAGGAAUCCUACUCCAGUAGCCAUUCUGAUCAGAACAGAGAAAAGACAGAGGGCUUUGAAUCCGAGGAACAGCUGACGCAGCAGCUCCUGUCUGCGGCUCUGGAAUUUGUCCCCAUGUAUGGCUGGUCAGUGGAGGCCAUUGCAGAAGGGGCCAAGGUGUUGGAUCUGUCACCAGCGCUGACUGGGAUGUUUCGUCACGGCCCUGGGGAGUUAGUUCUACACUUUGUGUCUCAGUGUAACAAGCAACUCUCUGAACAGCUGAGCGAGCAACAUCAACAGGUGCAGCUAGGACACCAGGAAGCCAAGCAGAUGGAUAGGUUUCUCAAGGAUGCAGUGGAGGCAAGGUUACGCAUGCUGAUCCCCUACAUUGACAGCUGGCCACAGGCAAUGAGUAUUUUACUGCUGCCACAAAACAUUGCGGACAGUUUGAGGAACCUAACAGAGAUGGUGGAUGAGAUCUGGUACUAUGCAGGAGACAGGUCUACAGACUCAAGUUGGUACACAAAGCGAGCCACCCUGGCUGGAAUCUACAACACGACAGAGCUGGUGCUGCUUCAGGAUUCCUCCCCAGAUUAUGAAGAUACUUGGAACUUCCUGGAAAACCGUGUUCACGACGCUGCCAAUAUGGCUCAUUCUGCCAAACAGGUUGAGUUGACGAGCAGAGCUCUUUUCCUUGGGCUGAGGGGAGCUGCAGUGACGUUGAAGAACCUGAGUGGCAUUGGGCAGCACCAAUGAGCAGCGUGCUGGCCAUCAUGACCAACAAUGUGUGGACCUGGCACCAUAGAGAUCUUGUCUGAGGCAAGGCUGCAGACUGUGUACAUGUCUGUGUGGGUGUGUACACCAUGUAUACAUGAGUGAGUGUGUGGGUGUGUAAUGAGUGUGUGUUCAAAUAAAGAGCAAUCAAUGAGAAAACAAA